GCAGCAGAAGAGGAAGUGAUCCCGUGUUCAGGAAGUGCCGCAGAGCCUGACCUUCUGUGCAUAAGGACCCAGCAUGGCUACUGCCAGUCUAUCUGCCCUCAUAAAGACAGCUUUUCCCAGGCUGGGCUCCGCUAGCGUCCGCACCUCAGCUCCUUAUACACAGCUAUGCAGCAGAUUAUACAGUGCGUUUCCAGCCGCAGCUAGCGCCCAGAGCCCACAGGAACACAGUAAUGAAUUCACAGAGAAACUCCUAUCAGAACCCCUGAAACACCCAGACUUUUUCAACGUGAAAGAACUGAUCUCUGUUAAGGAGCUAUUUGAUGCGCGUGUGCAUCUGGGACAUAAGAAGGGGUGCCGACACAGGUUAAUGGAGCAGUACUUAUUUGGGUGUCGGCUGGAACAGGAUGUGGUGGAUUUGGAACAAACUCUGGAGCAUCUUCAACUUGCGCUAAACGUCACUGCUCAUGUUGCCUAUAGAAAUGGAAUCGUAUUGUUUGUGAGCCGCAACCGUCAGUUUACGCACCUGAUAGAGAACACCGCUAAGGAUUGCGGAGAGUAUGCACAUACCCGUUACUGGCACGGCGGUCUUCUCACUAAUGCUCCUGUUCAAUACGGGGUUGGAGUAAGGUUACCGGACUUGAUUGUCUUCUUUAGCACUCUCAACAACGUGUUUGAGCAGCAUGUCGCAAUUCGAGACGCAGCAAAGAUGAAUAUUCCAACUGUCGGAAUUGUAGAUACCAACUGCAACCCCAGCCUGAUAAGUUACCCAGUGCCGGGGAACGAUGACACGCCAGCUGCUAUGGAACUUUACUGCAGGGUCUUUAAAAUGACCAUUAACAGAGCGAAAGACAAGCGAAGACAAAUGGAAGUCCUUCACGGGCUGCAGAGUAAACUUACUGAUGCAUAGUCACGUUGUUUUGUAUAUAGCACUUUACUAAAGCUACUUAAAUAAUAAAAAGAAAUGUUCUGUUUGUA